UAGUGAUUGGUCAAACUGAAUACACGCGACCAAUGAUAACGAAGUUAGUAAAUAUACAGGGGUCGUAAUACGGCACAACUAAAAUAAAUAUGGCCGAGUUGAAAAACGGAUGGUCGUUUUUGAAAAGAAGUGGAGGGGAAGAGAAGAAGCCUUCAAAAUAUGCCAAAUAUGAACAAAAUAGAGGGAAAAGGAGGUUUCAAGAGUCUUGGAAGACAGGAAGACCUUGGCUGAAGGUAUCUGCCGAGUCAAUGAGCUGUACUUGGUGUACAGAUGUUCACGAAGCACCAAAUGAGUUUUGCUGGACGACAGCAAAAGUCGAGACACUUAAGUCCCACGAGUCCAGCAAAGCGCACAUUAAAAGUGUUGGUGUUAUUAAAGGGAGAACACUUGUUGCUAAAGGAGAGACAACAGAAGCUCAGAAAAGUAUUGAGAGUUUGAACAAAGCUGUCAUCAAUAAAUUAUCAAUCUUGUUCAAAACUGUGCAUGCCUUGUGCUUAGCAGGAAGACCUUUUUCGGAUUAUGUUUGGAUGUCGAAAUUGGACAAGGCAAAAGGUCUUGAUAUUGGACAAACAUACCUCAAUUCAAAUAGUGCAAAAGAAUUUUCCAAAUUCAUUGCAUUAACUGAACUAAACAAGAUUGCUCAAAUAAUCCAGUCUUCUAAAUUUGUUUCAAUAUUGUCAGAUGGCAGCACCGAUUGUAGUGUCACUGAAGUGGAAAUUGUAUACGCCAGGAUUUGUAAUGCUGGGGAAAUUAAGCAAUAG